UUCAUCAAGAAAGGAGGAUCCAUCUGGGCUACUCCUCUGCAAGCAGUACUCAAAACACAGCCCAUUUUCAAAAGGCAAAAGCUAUGGAGCUACCCAAGGGACGGAGGGGAUCUCACAUGGUCAUGAUCCUGUCAGCAGGAAUCAUUCUGAGCUGUGUCUUGCAGCUUGGAGCGGCGCAGAGAAGAAUUUCCAUCAUCCUUGAGCCACCAAAACCUCAAGAGGGUCAAGAUGUCACCCUGUCCGUUCAGGGAGGCCCACAACAGCUUAAACUGUGCGAAUGGAGUCGAGAUAUCCGUAAGGGGGGACUAGAGACCAUCCUUGAAUACAACCCAAACAAAUCCCCCCAGCAGAGAAACGGCACAGCCUUCAGCGGGCGGGAGACAGUCAGAGCGGAUUGCUCCUUGCGUAUCACAAAGCUGAGACAGUCCGACGAGGGGAACUACUCUGUGAUUAUCGAAGGGGCCUCGACCAGGCAACAACCCCCUCAGAAACCCGACCAAGAACCAGACGAGUUCUUUGAAGGCUCUGUUUAUCUACAGGUGUCAGUCUCGAAUCAAAUUACCAUCACUGUCCUGUCCACACCACAGCAACCCAACGAAGGUCAGCAAGUCACUCUGACCCCGCAAGGAAUCCCCAAGAAGUUUGAGCUUUGUGAAUGGUUCAAACAGGGCGCUUUCGGGAACCUACGUCCCAUCACCUCGUACAAACCCAAUGACCAGCAAAACCCUCAGAGUACUGACCCCGGCAGCAAGGGGAGGCUAUCUGUGAGAGAGGAUUGCUCUUUGCACAUCACUCAACUUACCACCUCCGACUCCGGCACUUACAUUGUGCAGAUACAGGUUCUUUCGGACAGGCAGCAACAACAACCAGGUCAGGAGACCAGGCCCCAAGAGCCCGGAGUACCACGGGAAUACAGAGGCCAAGUAGAACUGCAGGUCAAGGCAGUCUCUAGCAAAGACCCACAGAAGGGUGGGCACAACCAUUCAGCGGGCUUGAAUUACUCUGCCGGAGUCAUCGCAGGAGCUUUGCUGGGGGUCUUUGCCUGGACGGACACGUUGACCUCCCUCUUCUACGGCCUCUGUGCCACUUUGUCUUGGCCUGGGCGCCUCCUGUGAAUGUCAAAAGUGAAGAUCCACAGCAUUGUGCUUGAAAGGUACACAGUGAUUCCCAACAGUUUGUUUUUGAUUUAUCCUAAUUAUUUCCCCCUGGAUUUCUACUAGAACUAUCUUGAAAAUGUAACACCUUUUGAGCCACCACAGAAAACAAGCGUGUUUUGUUAGGUUUGCAGCUCAUGUACAGAGAAAAAACAAUGUGUCUGCCAUCCAAUAAAAAAAAAUUCAUCUA